GUUAGAAAAAAAAAAUGUUUUUUUAUUGAGGUUGCAUGCCCUGGGCUGGCCUAUAUAUAAAGAAUAGGAAAAGGACCCGUUUGAUUCAGUUGGCAUCGCGGAUCACACGCGUUUGAGGACUAAAAUACCAGCAGAAAUGAGUGCCGCCCUGAAGAAUUUCGUGGACGGUUACAAUGACAUAAUGAUCAACAGAAGAGAUCCUAGGUUAGACGGAUGGCUGUUUAUGGGUUCGCCAUUCCCAACUCUAAUCAUGUGCUCGUGUUACAUCUACUUCGUCAAAUUCCUGGGCCCGAAAUUGAUGCGCGAUCGGAAACCUUUCGAACUUCGUGGUGCAAUCAUCGCUCAUAACAUCAUUCAAGUACUUGCAAGCAUCUACUUAGUGUACAAGGGUUUAGUGCACGCUUGGUUGUACCGCUACAGUCUCCGUUGUCAGCCGGUCGAUUACUCCGAUGACCCAGAUGAGGUGAUUGUCGCUCACAUGGUUUGGUGGUACUAUUUCUGCAAGUUCACCGAGUUCCUCGACACUGUUUUCUUCGUUUUGCGCAAAAAGUUUGAUCAAAUCACCAAUUUGCACGUCAUUCACCACAGCAUUAUGCCAGCCGUUUGUUGGUGGGGCGUUAAGUUCGCUCCUGGUGGUCACGGAACAUUCUUCGGAAUGCUCAACACUUUUGUCCACAUCAUCAUGUACACUUAUUACUUGUUCUCAUCAAUGGGACCCAAGUAUCAAAAGUACUUGUGGUGGAAAAAGUAUUUGACCACUAUGCAAAUGAUCCAAUUUGUGAUCGUCUUUUUGCAUUCGGCUCAACUUUUCUUUAUCGACUGCAACUACCCCAAACUUUUGGCUUACGCCAUGUGCUUCAAUGCGCUCAUGUUUUUGAGCCUCUUCUCCAACUUCUACAUCCAAGCUUACAUCAAACGUCGUCGACUGCCCGUAAUCAACAGAGAUGAUGACGAGAAGGCUGCAACAACUAACGGGAAAGCCAACGUUGUCAACGGUAAAACCAAUGACAAGGAAGGCCGUAGAGUUGGAAAAAUAAUCAGCAAUAUUAUGAGCAACACAACAAAUGCUUGUUACAUUGGACAGAACGGCCUUUAUCAAUCGAACGGCAAAGAAAAAUCAAACGACACGCAGAAGAAACGUCUGUAAAAAAUAUCGCCCAAACUCAAAAUUGCGAAGUUGUCAUCCUAUUUUGCAUGUGUUGUUUCUCUUAAAAUUGUCGACUCGGUCAGUUGUUGUAUAUAACCAGAGUUUUGUCCACUAUUUAGUUUGCAGAAAGUUGUAGGUUAUUUGCUUCUCCGAUAGCGGAGGAGCUUUGCUCCUAAGUGCGACACAAAAGAGAAUGGAAAGAAAUCACUCGGAUGUAAAAGGAAGAUGAAAAUGGGACGACUAUUUUCACUUCUGGCGAGCAAUGUGACGCAAUUGUUUCCAAUACAAGAUAGAUUUUAAUAUU